AUGAAACAUCUACAAUCAUUAAAACGUAAAAGGUCUGUUGGGCUAGAUGAUCUACCAUCCUGGUUACUCGAAGACUGCAUGGAGGUAAUCGCUUCACCACUAACAUACAUUAUUAACAUGUCUUUUGAAACUUUAACUUUUUCAAGUGACUGGAAACUCACCAAAGUGUUACCACUUUUUAAAUCUAGAGCAAAGUCAUCUGUUAAUAACUAUAGACCAAUAUCUGUUAUUCCAGCUAUAUCCAAGGUGAUUGAAAAAGUUGUGCAUGAACAAUUGACUACAUAUCUGGAAAGUAAGAAUUUCAUAAAGAACAACCAGUUCGGUUCCAGGCCUCAUCACUCAACUGAACUGGCUGCAACAAUCUUUAUUGACACUGUGAAAUUGAAGGUUAACGAUGGCAAAAUGGUCGGUGCCGUAUUUUUAGACCUCACAAAAGCAUUCGACCCAUUAAGUCAUGACGAACACGAGUGGUUCACAAACUAUUUGUUUGGAAGAUUUCAGCAAGUUCAAUACAAUUUGAUGAACAUCCAGUCAAUAGCGGAGUAUCACAAGGUGAAACACUGUGAAGUAGUCAAACAUGCAGACGAUACUGUUUUAUUUGUUGCUGGUAAGGACUUAGAGAUCAUAGAAACCUGUCUUUCAUCCGACAUGAAUUAUGUACUUGCAUGGUGUUUGGAAAAUGAAUUAAUUUUAAAUCUUGGAGCAGGAAAAAUUGAAUCAAUGUUAUUUGGUUCAAAAAAUUACAGCUACCAAACUGUGAGGGUAACAUCCACGUAUAAAUAUCUUGGUGUACUUAUCGAACCAUCAUUGAAUUUGAGCAGCAACUUUGAUUUAACGCAUCAAAAAGCUUCCGGUAGAUUACAUUUACUAUAUCGCAUUCGACCGCUGAUUACAGAAAAAGCUGCAUUGGCAAUAUUUCAAACAAUGAUUCAACCAACGAGCAACUUCAAUUAUUGGAAAUCAAUUCUUGACACCACCUUAAGAAUUCUAAGACACAACUACUCAAACUCCAAUCUUUACAUAGACGAGCAACUUUAA